AUGUGGCGACUGUGGAGAGGACACCGGUCGAGGUGGCGAGUCCCGGACCAGCAGCGGAGAGUCGAUGCUGCGACCCAGACGGACGCUGGCGACCACAGACUCUUCCACACAAUCUGUGUGACCGACGGAGUGGAUCAUCAUCGGGACAUCUAUUCAUCCAUCCCAGAGAUCUGGCAGGAACUGCUAUUUAUUCCACCAACUUUGUGUGGACCGUUGGCGAGAAUUCGGGAGUUCUGCCAGGAAUUGGACCAGACUGACAAGAACUUUGCCUACACCUAUGAGAAUUGGUGUUCUGAUGGCUUGAAGCUGGUGGAGAUAAAGCUCCAACACAAGUCCCUCUGCAAUGGGCUGGAGAGUGAGCACUGGUGGGUGCUCAACAACAACUUUUAUAACGUGUCCACACAAGAGCUUCCUCCCCAGUAUUUUGCAUGUGCCAGUGCUGUGGCCUGCAUCAAGCGCGUCGGAGCAUCCAUCAGUGAGGUGAAGGUGUACCUGCGCACUGAAUCGUCACACACAUCAGUGCAGAACGUUUCGCUGCAAACCAGAGUGAGCAGGACGAACAAGUGUGUGUUCAUUGACUCGGAUGGCCAUUUCUGGUCUCAUGAGUCCAGUAACACACACAUUCUGGAGACACCGGCACCUUCUGUUUGUCCUGCCAGACCAAGAGGACCACCUCCAGGCUUUUAAUCAGCUUUUUUUAUCAAACAUGUUUAUUUCUAUUAUAC